AUGAAAACUGUGUUCGGUCUCUUAAUAUUGUGCCUAGUGCAUAACGCCUAUGGUUUCUCAACCGAUAGAUUUAAGCGAAUCGUUGGUGGCAGUACGUCAGAACAUCCGUAUCCUUAUCAAGUAUCAUUGAGAUAUUUAAAUUCCACAUUGCAUUUCUGUGGUGGAGCCAUUAUCAGCAAGAAUUAUAUUAUUACCGCCGCACACUGUCUUAAAUUUCAACCGUCCGAUGUUUUCGUAACUGUUGGAAGCAAUGAUCUUCUCACACCUAGUGCGAUAUAUCAAGCUACAUCCUUCAUAAUACAUCCUUCUUAUGACGAGUACACUAAUGACAUUGGUUUAAUUUACGUGAUGCAAGAUAUUGAGUUUAACGAAAAUGUUAGGCCGAUUGCUUUAGCAAGUGCUGAUUACACGUACAAUGAUUAUCCUCUUUUAGUUACUGGAUGGGGACAACUCGAGACAGAAGGUCCAUAUCCUAAUUAUUUACAAGAAAUUAGAGUGAAAGUAUAUUCUCAAAUCAUGUGCAACUACUAUUACGAAAAUAUUAUUGCAAACACUCAAAUAUGUACCCUUACAGUACAGGGUGAAGGAAUGUGUGUGGGUGAUUCCGGUAGCCCACUCAUUGAUAAUGAUGUGCUUAUUGGUAUUGUGUCCUUCGGUAUGCCUCCAUGUGGUAGUGGUUUCCCAGAUGUAUACACCAGGGUGUUUUAUUAUAGACCAUGGAUUUAUUUUUAUGCAAGAAUUUAA